CCUCCUGAAGGGAUUGGGAUCCACCAACUCCUUCCUGGAUGGAUCGGGAUCCACCAACUCCUCCAUGGGGGAUUGGGAUCCACCACCUCCUCCUGGAUGGAUCGGGAUCCACCAACUCCUCCAUGGGGGAUUGGGAUCCACCACCUCCUCCUGGAUGGAUCGGGAUCCACCAACUCCUUCCUGGAGGGAUUGGGAUCCACCGACUCCUCCUGGAUGGAUCGGGAUCCACCACCUCCUCCACGGGCUGUUGGGAUCCAUGCGCUUGCGCUGGUGGCGGGGCAGUGGGUGGGGGUCGGGGUGGGGGGCUGAGUGGGUGGGUGGGGGGGGGGGCUGGGGGCCGAGGCUGCCCCAUAACGGCGCCGUCGCCCCACGCGCCGCAGGUGAUCCGCAGGGGCUGGCUGACCAUCAACAACAUCAGCAUCAUGAAGGGCGGCUCCAAGGAGUACUGGUUCGUGCUCACGGCCGAGUCGCUCUCCUGGUACAAGGAUGAGGAGGAGAAGGAGAAGAAAUACAUGCUGCCGUUGGACAACCUGAAGAUCCGGGACGUGGAGAAGGGCUUCAUGUCCAACAAGCACGUCUUCGCCAUCUUCAACACGGAGCAGCGGUGCGUGGGGGUCCCGGGGGGGGGUGGGUGGGGGUCCCUCUUGUGUCCCAUGGGCUCCCCCCGUUCUUAGGGUCCCCCGUUUGUGGUGGGAGCCCUCCGUGCUUUCAGGCACUGCCAUGUUUUGGGGAGGGGGCUUUGGUUUCUGAGGGUGGAGAUGGCAGAGGCCAGCCUUGCUUUCUUUGCACCAAACCAGGCCUUCCUGCCCCGUUGUGGGGCUUCCUUGCUCUCUGUGGGGCUUCCUUGCUCUCUGUGGGGUUCCCUCGCUCUCUAUAGGAUUUUCUCCUCCACUGUGGGGUUUUCUCCUCCACUGUGGGGUUUUCUCCUCCACUGUGGGGUUUUCUCCUCCACUGUGGGGUUUUCUCCUCCACUGUGGGGUUUUCUCCUCCAUUGUGGGGUUCCUUCCCCUAUUGCGGGGUUCCUUCACCUCCUUUUGGGUUCCCUCCUCCAUCAUGGGGUUCCCUCGCUCUCUAUAGGGUUUCCUUCUCCAUUGUGGGGUUCCUUCCCCUAUUGCGGGGUUCCUUCACCUCCUUUUGGGUUCCCUCCUCCACCAUGGAGUUUCCUUGCUCUCUGUGGGAUUCCCUCACCCCCUAUGGGGUUUCCUCCCCCACUGUGGGGUUUCCUCCCCCACUGUGGGGUUCCCUCACCCCCUAUGAGGUUCCUUCCCCUACUGUGGGGUUCCUUCACCUCCUUUUGGGUUCCCUCCUGCACCAUGGGGUUCCCUUGCUCUCUGUGGGGUUCCCUACCCUAUUCUGAAGUUCCCUCACCCCCUAUGGGGUUUUUUCCCUCAUAGUGGGGUUCCCUCACCCCCUAUAGGGUUUCCUCCCCCAUUGAGGGGUUCCUUCCCCCUACUGUGAAGUUCCUUCCCCCUACUGUGGGGUUCCUUCCCCUAUUGCGGGGUUCCUUCACCUCCUUUUGGGUUCCCUCCUCCACCGUGGGGUUCCCUUGCUCUCUGUGGGGUUCCCUCACCCCCUAUGGGGUUUCCUCCCCCAUUGUGGGGUUUCCUCACCCCCUAUGGGGUUUCCUCCCCCACUGUGGGCUUCCCUCACCCCCUAUGAGGUUCCUUCCCCCAAUGUGGGGUUCCCUC